AUUAAUUAAAAGUCAGGGGAGGUUACUGAAAUUAGCCACCAAAAAAACUAAAGAGACAUUAUCAUUAAAAUGAGAUGUUCACCUUGAGAAAAUUGUCAGCCGGUUCCAAUGGCUGCAAUAACCUCCUCUCUACUUCGAAAUUUUGCAGGAAGUUCUUGUGCUAGAGCUUUUGCUUUUACAAAUUUCAGACUUCCAGCUACAGCACGACCCUUUUUUAGUUACAAACCUGUUUGCAUUAUUAUUCCACUUCAGUCUCGCAGAUCAUUUUCUCGUAUUGGUGUUACAAAUGAUGAAGAGGCCCUUGCCAAAGCUGCUGCAGUGAAUGCUGAUAAUGAUGCUCCGACCAUAUUUGACAAGAUCAUAGCAAAAGAAAUCACUUCAUCCAUUGUAUAUGAGGAUGAGAAGGUCUUAGCAUUUCGUGACAUUGACCCACAGGCUCCUGUUCAUGUUUUAGUCAUUCCAAAGUUCAGGGAUGGUUUAACAAUGCUUGGGAAGGCGGAACCUAGGCAUACAGAAAUAUUGGGCUAUCUGCUCUAUGCUGCAAAAAUAGUGGCUGAGAAAGAAGGUAUCUUGGAUGGUUUUCGUGUUGUAAUCAACAAUGGUCCUGCUGGCUGUCAAUCUGUUUAUCAUCUCCACUUGCAUGUCUUGGGUGGCCGACAAAUGACAUGGCCGGCUGGCUGAAAGAUUGAACUUUGUUGUUUUUUGUUUACAAGCUUGUAUAUUACUUUUCAAAUCCAAGCUUAAAAUCCAGCUUAUGCUGCCCAUGGUGUCAGGUACAUACAUUGGAAUUAGGGGUUGAUACAGCGAGAUGGGGCUCAACUCGGUGUUCGACUCAAAUAAAUUGAACUCAAGUUGGGCCAAACUCAAGUUUAAGUCGUCAACAGAUUCAUCUUUUUUGAUGAUUUUUUAUCUUUCCUGGCAACAUUUCACUUCUCUGUCAACUUUUCUUCUUAGACUUGUUUUUCCAACAAUCUUUCUUUCCAAAGCUUUCCCAUUAUUCUUGGGUGAACCUAUUGCCAAUUUGAGCUUUAUUUUUUGGAUUUGAGUCAAGCUCUAGAUAGCAGAUCAGUUCAAAUCCACCAUUAAUUGGAAUUGCAC